GGGGAGGGUGCGGUGGGAGGCAGGCCGCGGCUCAUUUCUCUCCCUUCUUUCUUCUCCCCCCCGCCUCCGCCCGCGCCGUUCCACGCCGCCGCCGCCGCCGCCACGGCGACACAAUCACCGGCGCCGCGCCCCACAGGCCUCCUCCUUUGCGCCGCGCCGCUCGGGGCUGGGCUGAGGUGGGCCGCGCCGACACGCGGCACGUGGGGAGCCACCACCACCACCACCACCACCCUAUGCUCCUUUGCCCGCCUGGUAAGAUUGCACCAGCAGUGAUCCUGGGAGCUUAAAGUGUUCCAUCAAAGACAUGGGAAAAGUGGUCUUCUGGGCAUAUCACCUUCAGUGCAAGCUAUUUGUUUCCGAAGAAACUUCUGAUUGGCGUGUUUUAGCCGGUGGGAACACCCAACUCUUCUCUCUGGUGAACUGCACAUAGUGGUUCUAUGCUCAACGACAGCGGGCUGAGGCGAUCCUGAAGCGAUACUCCAGUCCAUGCUCCACAUUUACAUGUAAAAUACCUGCUUUGUUUUUCCUUUCUUUUGUUCUAUUUGCUAAGUUUUUUAUCAUCCCAUUUUGUAUUCUCUGUCUAUCAGUACAUCAUCUCCAGAGUAACUUCUCAUUGUAGUCAAAUUCAGUAGUAGAUGCUGACCAUGUAAACUGGCUAAUGAUGUGCUUGUAGAAUAAUUAAAUUCUACUUUUGGGAGUUCAGACUGUUCUUUCACCCAUGUCUUAGCAUGUGAAAAACUAAAUCAACCAUAUCUCUUGAAACAUUCUAAUUUUUUUUCUCUCUUUGCUAUUAUAUGCAGGGUGAAUCAUCUUUACUGCAUUCAGUCUCCAUCUGUCACUCUCUAGUUAGUUGCCAUUUGCUUUGCUGUAUACCAUCUGAGGUCAAGGCUCAUCCUUGCUAUAUUCUGCGACUCUACUAUGGUUGCUGUGGGAUCUUCGUAAGGGGACCAAAUCCAAGACAGCACAAGCUAGUGGAGGCCCACUGUUCAAUUGACGGAUAAUAUAUCUGUUUGCGCGAACUGAUAGACAAGAUAUUGGUCGCUUAGACUUUGAAACACUUCUCUGUGCUUGUUGUUGAUUUUUCUUGAUACCUAGUUGUCCCAAAGGAAAAAAGCUUCUAUCAGGCAACAAAAUUACCGGAAAAAUGGAUAGAUUUAAGUUGAUUAAAGAAGUUGGUGAUGGGACAUUCGGGAGCGUAUGGCGCGCUAUAAAUAAACAAAAUGGUGAAGUUGUGGCCGUUAAGAAAAUGAAGAGAAAAUAUUAUUCUUUCGAGGAAUGUAUGAGUUUACGUGAAGUAAAGUCUUUGCGGCGCAUGAAUCACCCUAACAUAGUGAAGCUCAAGGAGGUCAUAAGGGAAAAUGAUAUAUUAUACUUCAUAAUGGAAUACAUGGAGUGCAAUCUCUACCAACUUAUGAAAGACAGAGUCAAGCCUUUCGCGGAGUCAGAUGUCCGUAAUUGGUGCUUUCAGAUUUUCCAGGCUCUUGCUUAUAUGCACCAGAGGGGAUACUUUCAUCGUGACCUCAAACCAGAGAAUCUGCUGGUUAGCAAAGAUGUCCUAAAGCUAGCAGAUUUUGGUCUAGCAAGAGAAGUUUCAUCUGCACCACCAUACACAGAAUAUGUGUCAACACGCUGGUACCGAGCACCUGAAGUAUUGCUCCAGUCAUCUGCUUAUGAUUCUGCAGUUGAUAUGUGGGCAAUGGGUGCCAUAAUGGCCGAGCUGUUGACACUCCAUCCUCUUUUCCCUGGCACAAGUGAAGCGGAUGAAAUUCUCAAGAUUUGCAACGUUAUUGGUAGUCCAGACGAGCAAACAUGGCCCCAGGGAUUGUCUCUUGCAGAAGCGAUGAAGUAUCAGUUCCCACAGAUCAGAGGCAAUCAACUGUCGGAGGUAAUGAAAUCAGCCAGUAGUGAGGCAGUCGACCUUAUAUCCUCUUUGUGCUCGUGGGAUCCUUGCAAGAGACCGAAAGCUGCGGAAGUUCUCCAGCAUGCCUUCUUCAAGGAUUGUACAUAUGUUCCAGCUUCUGUCCGGCCAAAAGUUGCAGGUCCCCCUAAAACUCCUCCGGGUGUUGGAGUAAGAGGAGUUUCAGGGCACAUUGCUCGGAGAUACUCCACUGGAGCUCUCUCCACAAGCAAACCUGCUGGCAACAUUUCUAUAAAACCGAACAGCUUAUCUAAGAUCGGUGUGCAAAGAAAACUUCAAUUGGAUCGCCAGGCACCAGAGAAAAAAAGUACACGGCCCGCUGAGAGUAACACCAAACAAACUACUAGUCGAGUACCGGCAAGGAAUAGCCCAGUGAACGCAAACCCGAUGUUAAGGCAUUCACGCAGCUUACCUGAAACUGGUCGGGCAACGGUUCAUAAGGUUUCGAGUAUCACCGAAAGGCUUGCUCAUAUGUCUGUGACCUCUCGAACACGCACGACUGUGAAGCCCCCUGUCCCGCUGUUGAAGGCUGGGCAUCUCAAGUCAGACUUCCUUGGGAAAUCCGAUGAAAUCCCUCCGGCAAAGAGAUUGACAAGAAAGUUGGUGAGCUAAAGGAGUAGAGUGAAGAACCGAUCGGCUGCAGAGAGGCAUGUAGGCUACGGAGCUAAAACCAGGUUUGCCUCAGAGCCGACCGAGUGUUUUGCCUGUUCAUGGUCCUUCUGGUUGUUUCCUCCCCCUGCUUGCUUCGUUCAGGUGCCACGGUAGAGAAUGUGUUGCGAAUGGGCUCGAGCCUGCUGAUCUUUCGCUGUACUGGGGUGUGAAUUUGCCCAUGCCCUGAGUUUGUCCUGUCUAUGAACAAAACAUGUGUGGUCUUUGUUUGUCCUGAGUUUGUGAACUAGUUUUAUCAUUCGUUCAUAUCGCGGACCAUUGUCCUGUUCAUGUGCAAUCUAACAGUCAACAAACCCUCCAAUGAAGAGGAUAACUUGGUUUCGCUUGUACAGUUUGCUGAGAUUUUAUAGAGCAUGUUAGUGUA